AUGAACGGUGUUCCCCCAAUAGCAGGCCUCUGGCAAGAGGCACGAGCACCUGAUGGCCGUUUAUAUUACUACAAUACACAAACUAAGGAGACCUCAUGGCAGAAACCACAGGACCUUAUGACGCCUGUCGAGCGUGCCUUAGCUGCGCAGCCAUGGAAAGAAUAUACUGCGCCAGAUGGUCGCAAGUACUAUGCACAUGCCCUGACGAAGCAAACCGUUUGGGAGAUGCCAGCCGAAUACAAGGAUGCUCUAGAUGCCCUACCUGCACCUCAGCAACCACCUGCGACUCCAACAGCGCCUAGUACGCCAGGUUUUGGUGCAGGCACCUCGACGGCCCUCUCUGCAUAUCAGCCACGCGACUUCUCCAGCACCUUCGACUCACGCAGAGAAACCAUAACGUUGCCUGCCGUAGCUAAAGAAGUCGUGCCAGACUACUCUAGUUUUGAAGAAGCCGAAGCUGCAUUUAUGAAGUUACUGAAGCGCUCGAAUGUUCAGCCCGACUGGUCCUGGGAACAGGCUAUGCGCUCAACAAUUAGGGAUCCACAAUAUCGUGCUCUAAAAGACCCGAAGGACAGAAAAGCUGCGUUCGAGAAAUACGCUGUCGAGGUUCGCGAACAAGAAAAAGAAAAGGCCAAAGAACGUCUGGCUAAAUUACGAACAGAUUUCGCCGUUAUGUUGAGAACACAUCCUGAAAUCAAGCACUACAGUCGUUGGAAGACGAUCCGGCCCAUCAUCGAAGGCGAGACUGUUUUCAGAUCGACGGACAAUGAAGAAGAGCGUAAGCAGUUCUUUGCUGAGUACAUUGUCGAACUAAAAAAGCAGCAUCUGGAAGAGGAGGUCAUGGCUCGGAAGUCAGCCAAUACCGAACUUGCUGACAUUUUGAAAGCCCUGGAUCUCGAACCAUAUACUCGAUGGUCUCAAGCUCAAGAAGUGAUUCAGUCAAAUGAGAGAGUGCAGAAUGAUGCCAAAUUCAAGCUUCUCAGUAAGUCAGAUGUCUUGAAUGCCUUUGAAAAUCAUAUCAAAUCACUAGAGAGAUCUUUCAACGAUGCUCGUCAGCAGCAAAAAGCACAAAAAAAUCGACGAGAACGCCAGGCUCGUGAUGCAUUUAUUGAAUUGCUCAAGGAAAAGCGAGCACAGGGUCUAAUCACAGCUUCAACGAAGUGGAGUAACUUACUCCCACACAUUGAAGAGGACCCGAGGUAUGUCAAUAUUCUGGGCCAGGGUGGCUCAUCUCCACUUGACUUGUUUUGGGAUAUGCUAGAGGAGGAAGAAAGGGCUUUACGAGGUCGGAAAAAUGCCGCAUAUGAUGUGCUGGAGGACAAACAAUAUGAAGUUACAAGCAAGACCACAUUCGAUGAGUUUCUCAAAAUCAUGCUCACUGAUCGCCGAACAGCAAAUAUCGAUAAUGACACGUUGCAGCUCAUCUUCGAGCGAUUACAGGACAAAAUUCAAAAACGAAACGAAGAAGAAAAGUAUGCCGCUGACAAAAACCGUCGCCGCGCUAUCGAUGCUCUUCGCUCGCGGAUCAAACACCUAGAACCUCCCGUCAAGAUUACCGAAUCGUACGAAGAGAUUGAGCCACGCAUCGAAAAGUCCGAAGAGUAUCGAUCCCUUGACGAAGAAGGUCGCCAGGCUGCUUUCGAGAAGUACAUCAAGCGUCUGAAAGAAAAGGACGAGGAUGCCGAAAAAGAAAAAGAGAGGCGAAGAGCUAGACGCAGUGACGAGCGUGACUAUCGCAAUGGCCAUCGUGAAAGUCGACGGUCACGGCUGUCAAAGUCUCCUGAAGCAGACCCCUAUGAAGAGGAACGCAGACGAGCUAUGGCAGCACGCGAAAACAAAUACAGAAAGCCAUCCUUCGGUUUGAGCCCGCCUCGAACUGCUUACCGAGAUGGAAGAGACCGUGACGAACGACACGGACGACUAGAGCGUAGUCCACCACCAAGACCUGCACCAUAUGAUCGAGAUCGAAGAGAUCGUGACGAUGAGCGAGAACGCCUGUACAGAACGCGAGCCGAUCCUCGUGGUAGUCGUGACGAGUUGAAUUACGGGGAGGAAUCACGUAGUGUUACCAGUGAGAGGAGGCGUCGUCGCGACAGUCCUGGAGAGAGUGUUGACAGCAGUCGACAGAAGAGACGUAGACGCGACAGUCGAGGUUCACGAGAACGUCGAAGAACGAAGACGCCUGAGAUCAAGAAGGAGGAGCCUGAGGCAGCUGGUGUCCACAGUGGCUCAGAAGAAGGAGAGAUUGAGGAGGACUAA